GUCGGACUGUCAUCACUCUAGGUCAGCAUCGACGCCCGACGGCCCGCCGCAUAGCACAAAAUGAGAGCUGUUGUUCAACGCGUCGCAUCGGCCUCGGUAUCAGUCGAGGGAAAUGUGAUCUCAAGCAUAUCCCGAGGACUGAUGGUCUUAGUUGGAAUCGGUACUGAUGACACGCUUGCGGAUGUCGAAACAUUGGCCAACAAAAUACUUAACAUCCGCGUCUUCGAUGCGAAUGGCUUGAUGUGGAAGUCGAACGUCAAGGACAUCGCUGGCCAGGUCCUCUGUGUCUCCCAGUUCACGCUGAUGGCAAACACUACCAAAGGCAACAAACCUGAUUUUCAUCGUGCGAUGUCCUCGAAUGCCUCCAGAGAACUGUAUGCAACGUUUCUUGAGAAAAUGCGGCAUCUGUACGUGCCGGAUCGAAUACAAGACGGGCAAUUCGGUGCCAUGAUGGAUGUAUCGUUGACAAAUGAGGGACCUGUUACUCUGACGUUGGAUACUCGGAAGUUUGAGUAUGUUUCCGUUUCAGGAGGUACAGACAAGAAAUCGAGAGAGAACGACAAUAAAGAGGCCAAGAAUCAAAUGGCUGAUGUUGCUGGCUCGAGACCUGCUGCCAGUGUCAAUCCAGGCUCGACUGAUUCGGAGGUCGACGUUCCGUAGUGUUCGUACUGAACCGCGAAAGUCAGUUUUGUAAGUUUGGA